AUGUCAUCUUUACAGAACGAAAAGUUCAUUACCGCGAACAGUAACCUUACUCAGUUCGAGCCUUCUGUUCACGGCUUCGUCGGUGUCAACUCCGUCAGUUUAGAGGGUUCUCCUCGCCGUGAUAUCGAAGACCGCUUAAUCCAGACCACGCAAGAAAUCUCUGAGUUUCCAUUUAACCACGACAUGAACUCGGGGAACCAUCUGGGUUUCGGAUGGGUUCAGGCAACGGUUGGAAAUGGGGUACGAAGCAGCUCUGCCACUUCAUACCUAGGGCCUGAGUUCAUAAAUCGAUCGAAUCUCAAUGUGCUCGUCAACACUCGCGCGACUCGAUUACUAAGAGCUAAUCAGUCGCUUACCUUCAGCGAGGUCGAACUCGCUCAGGAUGGUGGUAGUACCUUCCAGACAGUAAUGGCGAGCAAGGAGAUUAUUCUUUCGGCGGGCAGCAUCAUGUCACCCCAUGUUCUUCUCCACUCUGGCAUCGGUGAUUCUGAUGAAUUGGCUGCAGUCGGCAUCGACGUAGUUCAUCAUCUUCCCUCGGUUGGAAAAAACUUAACAGAGCACCCUUUCCUCUGGGACGGCUAUCAGAUAAACUCCAAUGAGACUUUCGACGAGGCUAAUCGAGAUCUGGUGUUGGCUGCGGAGCAACUAAAUGAAUGGACGUUGAACAAAACAGGGCCGCUGGUUGAUUCGCCUCUGGUAAUGAUGGGCUGGCUUCGGGUCAAUGAAAGCGCAGAAAUUUUCGAUCGUUUUGGUGACCCUGCUGCUGGAAACAGCACUGCGCAUUUUGAGCUUUUUUUCAUCAACGGCUUUAUUGGAACCGUCCCACCCACAGGCAACUUCAUGGCCGUUGGCGUUGCUACUGUAUCUCCCGUCUCGCAUGGAGCCGUAACACUCAACUCGUCAAAUCCGUUAGAUAAUCCGGUCAUUGAUUUCCACCUCCUCCAGUUGGAGUUAUACAGGUUCAUAAUGCGAGAAGCUAUCAGGAGCAUUAAAAGACUCUUCUCCGCCCCAGCUUGGGACAGAUUUAUCAUUGCUUCACUGACCAACGCGACAACAGACGAAGAAUUAGACCAGUAUAUUUCCGAGAAAGCUGCCGGACUUUUCCAUCCGGCGGGAAGCGUUGUGAUGUCCGCGAGAGGUGCAAGCUGGGGUGUGUUGGAUCCAGAUCUGAAAGUGAAAGGGGUCAGGGGAUUGUGGGUGGUGGAUUCCAGUAUAUUGGUUUCAACACUAUUGAAAUAG